AUGGCGGCGCCUGGGGAACCUAUCUUAGGAAGUCUUUAUAUUUAUGCCCCUAACAAGGUGGCACCUGUUAUCUUCACAGUCCUGUACGGGAUUUCGGCCGGAGGCCACAUCUGGCAAUGUUAUCACUAUAAGGCCUGGAGGAUGAUUGGGCUGCAUCCUCUCUGCGCGGUGGUGUUUACUGCUGGCUACGCAUUGAGGGAAUAUGGGGCUUUCAACUAUCUAUAUGAUCAUAGCACUCUAAACCUGAUCACUUUCAUCGUUAGCCAGGUUCUGAUAUACGUGUGCCCUCCUCUUCUCGAACUCUCCAACUACCAUGUCCUCGGUCGGAUACUGUACUAUGUCCCAUACUUUGCACCCUUCCCUGCAAAUAGGGUGCUCUCCACAUUCGGCGGCCUGAUGGCAAUUGUUGAAAUCUUGAAUUCGCUAGGCGUUUCUUUAAAGGCCAACCCGUCCUCGUCGUCAAACCAGCAACAUUUGGGAGGCAACUUGACAAUAGCCGCUAUUUCUAUCCAAAUCGGUAUUAUCGUCAUUUUUCUAAUUCUGGCAGGACUGUUUCAUCUGCGGUGCGUCAGAGCCAAUAUACGCCCCAAGCCCAUCAUAACCCCCCUAUUUGUGCUGUAUGCGAGCAUGAUGUUGAUACUCGUACGUUGCGUCUACCGCCUGGUAGAACACUUGGGUAACACCACCGUGGAUCUCGAUAGCAUCGAGAAACUCAGGGCUCUGAGUCCCAUCUUGCGAUACGAGUAUUACUUCUACAUCUUUGAGUCAACUCUCAUGUUCCUCAACUCCGCUUUGUGGAAUAUCUGGCAUCCAGGUCGUUACCUGCCUCAAAACUACCAUAUCCAUCUGGCCGAGGAUGGUAGAACGGAGAUAAACGACGAGUUCAAGGAUGAUCGACCAUUGCUAGCAAAAGCUGGUCACGUCCUAACGUUCGGUGUGUUUUUCGGAAAGAACAUGAAACAUCAUCGGGUUCCUCACCAGCUCAAUAAUUACCCGCCGAAUUCGCCUUAG